GCGAAGUGUUCACAACAAACAGCUAACCUCCUGCAUAUAAGUCUGCUCGACCCAUGAGGAGAACACGGUAAAUAUUAUGACUAAUUAUCCUGACUUUGGGUAGCUGUGAUUACCCAUAUUGAGGACCAAGCUGUCACCCCUUACAUGUUUCCAAGUCUUCACUAUAUUAUGAGAUAUGCUGUAUAAUUUAUAGUUUGAUCCAUAUAGUUUAUUUUUAUUUAGGCCUUACAUUGUGACAUGUUCGGUUUCAUAUCUCUGAUAGCACAUGUAGAUCAGCCAGAUAUCUAUUAUUUGUGUGUGUGUGUGUGUGUGUGUGCUAGAUAUAUUUUUUAGGUUGUUUGCUCAUCUGCAAUGCUUGUUUAAGACUUUCAGCAAAUUAUUUGAAAACCCCUUGAAUGUUGAAGUCAUUGCUUAUUUGAUAAUAAUAAUAAUAAUAAUAAUAAUUCCUUCAAUAUCUGAAUAUUAAUGUCAAGUGCGGAGGUACUGUGUUUUAAAAAAUGCUAAAUCAGUUUUCAGGUACAAAAAAUAGUUUCUAGGAAAACUUACAUGUUCAUUUACUCACCCAUAUUAUGUGUGUUGAUGUUUAAUUGUUAAAAUAAGUUAAAAAUGGAUCAGAACAAGACAGUAAGUCGAAAUAGAUUAAUUAUUGACUUUUAAAAUUAAAAUUAUGUACAAUUAUAUUUAUGUAAAAACAAAAAGAAUGUCCAUUCUGGGCACCAAAAAUUGUUAGCUGGGCAUAUCGUAGACCCUCAAUGUAACAAUUACACGUACACCUUUAUUUAUUAGAAACUUAAUUAAAAUCGUGUGAUGUUUCUGAAAUCCUCGUGAUGGAUGUUGAUUGUGUUGUGACUCCAGUAACUCCAGUACAGCAGGGGGCGCUAUGAAGCUCUUUAGUCCGCCGGUAAACUCACUAAACAAAGACAGAAGAACUCACAGUUGAACGCUCAACCGAUGUUGAUAAUGAGCAACAGAGAUCAGCUGCUGGACAAAAUCUCUGAACAGAGAUCCAGAGACACACAGGACUCAGAGCUCAGCCUCACUUUACUCUGUUAUACUGACGCUCAGGAGAGUGUGUGUGACAGUAAUCAGGGUGAUCAAACCUCCACAGAGUCUCUGCUCAAUCACGAUGAAGAUGAUGAUUUUAUUCCUUUAGAUGCAAAAAGUGGUUCAUCUUCAGAUGGAGAAACGGCUUCUACAUCAAAAGUAAGACAUGAGAGAAGCUUUUCUACCUCAGAAGAGAGGAACCUUCAUUCAAGAGUGCACAGAGUAAAGGAGGAGUACCAGUCUCUGCCGUGCGGGAAAGUGUCUUUGUCUUAUUCUGAUGAUAAAGCUCACAUGAAGACGACACACAGCAACGAAAAGCCUUUUCAAUGCAGUGAGUGUGACAAGUGUUUCAGAACUAAACGAAAUUGUGUUGCUCAUGAGAGAAUACAUACGGGAGAAAAACUGUUCAGGUGUCUUCUUUGUGAGAAGAGAUUCAGACACGGACACCAUCUGAAGGCACACUGUGUCCGCGUGCACUCCAAUGAGAGGCCGUAUCAGUGCGGAGAAUGUGGGAAAACCUUUAAGCAGUCAGAUGGUCUGAAGUCACACCAAAAAAUACACUCUGAUCAGAAACCGUAUCAAUGCUCACACUGUGAUAAACAAUUCUGUAAAAACUCUCAGCUGAUAGUCCAUGAGAGAUUUCACACUGGAGAGAAACCUUACCUCUGCUCUCAUUGUGGAAAGAGCUUUUAUACUCAAGGUCAGUUAAACAGUCAUCUGAGAGUCCAUACGGGAGUAAAGCCUUAUCACUGUAGCACUUGUGAGAAGAGUUUUGGUCAAUCUGCUCACUUACUAAAACACCAGAGAACACAUACUGGAGAAAGACCUUACAAAUGCAGUCAGUGUGACAAAACGUUUGCUCGAUCAGAUGGCCUGGAAACACAUCAGAGAAUGCAUACAGGAGAGAAACCUUACCUCUGCUCUCACUGUGGAAAGAGCUUUCCUAAUUCACGUCAGUUCAGAGUUCAUGUAAGAGUGCACACAGGAGUAAAGCCUUAUCACUGUAGCACUUGUGAGAAGAGUUUCAGUCAAUCUGCUCACUUAGUAAAACACCAGAGAACACACACUGGAGAAAGACCUUACAAAUGCAGUCAGUGUGACAAAACGUUUGCUCGACCAGAUGUCCUGAAAACCCAUCUGAGAAUGCAUACAGGAGAGAAACCUUACAGCUGCUGUAUCUGCAGGAAGGAAUUCACUCAGUUAUCAAAUUUUCAUACUCAUCAUAAGAAACAUGCUACAGGUCAAUCUGCUCUGGAAUCCCCUAACAACUUUUCAUGCCUCAAUCUGUGUAAAAACUUUUGAUUUGUUAAGACAGGCAGAAUUAUUUUUUUUUGCAUAUGUGACGCAAAUCUGUUAAGCUUGUUGUUAAGUGAACCGGUGUUUCCUACUAAAGUGUUAACUAAUUGUACCUUGUUUGAAAUACUUAUGAUAUAGUAUAUCUGAAUGCCCAGAAGUUGGCGUCAACUCAUUAGUUUUGAGAACAAUGCUGAAAUGGUAACCGUGUAACCUUGAAAAAGACUGAACCUCUGUAUGUGUGAUAAGCAUCUGGCUUCAACAUGCAGCUGAUUGCGUGUAAUCUCACAAAUAAAUAAUCUUAAAAGUGAAGGGUUUCGAAACAGCAUUGAACUGGUUUAAACAGUUUUAUUAUGUAUACUGGAGGCCAAAUAUUUGUAGUAAUGUACAGAUUUUGGUGUUUCAGAAGGAAAUUGGUAUUUAAUUCACCAAAGUGGCAUUCAGCUGAUCACAAAGUAUAUUCAGGACAUUACUGAUGCAAAAAACAGCAGCAUCACUCCAACACCUUAUCCUCGAGUAAUCAUGAUAAAUUGAUCAUUUGAUAUUAGAAAAUCACUUGCUGUUAUAUCAAACACAGCUGAAAGAUAUUUGGUUCAUUAAAUGAAGCUGCACAUUGUGUUUGUUGUUGAGUUGCCACAGUAUGCAAUGGACUGGUGUGUUUUAAGGUCAAAAUUAGGUCAAAGAAACAGCUUUCUCUAGAAACUCAUCAGUCAAUCUUUGUUUUGAGGAAUGAAGGCGAUACAAUACUUGAAAACUGCAGAUUUCAUCCAAAGGUGUAACUACAGUCUUCAAAGACAACUGUCUCUAACAAGGACAGAAAGAGAUGUGGAAGAUGUGCAACUAAACAAGAGGAUAAGUACAUCAGAGUCUCUAGUUUGAGACGCCUCACAUGUCCUCCGCUGACAGCUUCAUUGAAUUCUACCCGCUCAACAUUCAUGUACAACAGUAAAGAGAAGACUCUUAUGGGAAGAACUGCAAAGAAAAAUACACUUUUGAGACAGAAACACAAAAAGAAAAGGUUCGAGUGGGCAAAGAAACACAGACAUUGGACAACAGAUAAUUGGAAAAGAGUGUUACGGAUCUAAACCCCAUUGAGCUUUUGUGGGAUCAGUUAGACUGUAAGGUGCGUGAGAAGUGUCCGACAAGACAGACACAUCUAUGGCAAGUGCUACAGGAAGUGUGGGGUGAAAGGUCAAGUGCUACAGGAAGUGUGGGGUGAAAGGUCAAGUGCUACAGGAAGUGUGGGGUGAAAGGUCACCUGAGUAUCAGGACAAACUGACUGCUAGAAUAACAAGGAUCUGCAAUGAUGUCAUUGUUGCACAUGGAGGAUUUUUGGAUGAGAACUCUUUGAAGUCGUUUAAGAAGUUCAGAUUUUUUAAUAAUUCUUUUUCAAACUGUAAUAGAAAUGUUUCACAUUAUUAAUGUUCUGAAUAUACAUUGUGAUCAGUUGAAUGCCACUUUGGUGAAUAAAAGCACCAAUUUCUUUCCAUAAGUGCAAAAUCUGUCCAUUAUUCCAAACUUUUUUGCCAGUGUGUCUGUUUAAAAUAGAAGAACAUACAGUGUACAGUAAAUAUAUUAGAAUAGAGAAGUUUAACCUAAAAGGUACCAGUGAUAUAAACUUGGUAAACAUAAAGAAUGGGGUAUGUAUUAAUAUGUUUUACAGUCAAAACAUUCAAAGAAAGAGAUCUGCAAAAGAGGGCUUUAAAGGCUCUCUCGAAGGUGCAAGUGACGUCAUCUGGAGAAUCCCUAGACUUCGAACAAUGCAGAGACUGAUGAGUAUAUAAGGACUGAUUAAUUGAUGGAACAUUGGAUUCGGCAUAGAUUUAAGCAGUUUCCCCAAUGCUACUCUAGCUUAGUUGCAAUUGUUAUA